UUUUAACCUCCAUACUCUCAAAAUUUACAAUUAACCCUUUACCUCCCUCCUUUCAUUUUCUCCGUUGUCGCUCGCUCCCUCUCCCACUUCUUCACUCUCAGAAAUCCCCCCAUCCAAACAAUCCCUAAUUCCCUCUCUUUUAUUUGCGUAUUUCUAUCGAAAAUUCUUAACUCCUCCUUUAUCUUAAGAAAUUAGAAUUUAAAUUUUUUUGUUGUAGAUAAUUAGCCUUUUAGGGCUUUAUAUUUUUCCCUCGUUGUACUAUAGGCUUUUGCAUUUUUAAAAAAAAUUUUCGAUUUAGAUUUCUUAUUGUAUUCUUUCAAUUUUCCUUUUGGUGUUUUUUGAUUUGCUAAUUUCUUGUAAAUGAAAAAAAGAAUGGUUAUCGAUUUAGGGAUUUAGGGUUUUCGAGUUGCUUAUAUGUUAAUCAAUAUGGAGAAUCCGCGUAGACCAUUUGAUAGAUCAAGAGAGCCCGGUUUGAAAAAACCGCGUUUAACCGAAGAACUCGCUCCGAACCCUAACGGUCGACCUUUUCCUCAACGGACGAACCCAGUUGGUCCGGCCUCUGCUUUACGAUUCCGGUCCAGUGAUUUGGAGACCAAUGACUUGAGCCGCGGAGGCGGUGGAGCUUACGAGCCACAACCAGUUUUACAUCAGCGGCAGCAACAACAACAACAGCACCAAGAGUUAGUUAGCCAGUACAAGACGGCGUUAGCUGAGCUGACCUUUAACUCGAAGCCGAUUAUAACUAACUUGACAAUAAUCGCUGGCGAGAAUCUUCACGCCGCCAAGGCGAUUGCUGCUACUAUCUGCGCCAACAUUCUUGAGGUUCCCAGUGACCAAAAGCUGCCAUCGCUCUAUCUUUUAGACAGUAUUGUAAAGAAUAUCGGGAGAGAUUAUAUUAAAUAUUUUGCUUCCAGAUUACCUGAGGUGUUCUGCAAAGCAUAUAGACAAGUUGAUCCUCCUGUACAUCAGAGUAUGCGGCAUCUUUUUGGAACAUGGAAAGGGGUAUUCCCUCUUCAGCCUCUCCAGAUGAUUGAAAAGGAACUUGGCUUUACUCCUAUGAUAAAUGGUUCAUCUUCAGGAACCACAACAUCUAGACCUGAUCCAAUUUCACAGCGUCCACCACAUAGCAUUCAUGUAAAUCCAAAGUAUCUAGAAAAGCAGCGUCUUCAACAGUCAAGCAGGGCAAAAGGUAUGGUUAAUGAUAUGACUGGGACUUUGGCCAACUCAAAGGAGGAUUCAGAGAGUCCAGAUAGAGCAGCCAUUACAGCUGGACGGCCAUAUGGAGAUCCUUCUGUUAAAAUGAAUAACAUUCAGUGUUCUCAUAGACACUUGUUUAACGAUCCUGAUCGUGAGAACAUUGGUGCUACAUUUGGUGAUUAUGACUAUGGCUCUGAUCUUUCACAGACUCCUGGCAUUGGAGUUGGAAGAACUAGUGGGAAACUUACCGAUCAAGGGCAUGAUAGGCCUUGGUAUGGAGCUACAAGCAGUAUUACUGAGACGACUUCCAGCCAGAGGAAUGGUUUCAAUAUUAAACAUGGAUCUCAAAAUUACUCAGCAUCCAAAUAUGUGAAUGCUGAUCCUCGUUUACGGGCAACACAAAACAUUGCUGGUAGAAGCAGUAGCGGGUUGUCUAGCAGCUGGAAAAACUCUGAGGAAGAAGAAUUUAUGUGGGAGAUGCACUCUAGAUUGUCUGAACAUGAUGCAGCCAACAUCUCUAACAACUCUGGAAAAGAUCAUUGGAUUCCUGAUGUUUCCGAAAAAUUGGAUUUUGAAAGUCAGCUCCGCAAAGCUCCAAGUAUUCAUGAUGUGGGGUCAAGGUUUGAUACAGAAACCUCUGCUGAUUCAUUAUCCACUGAGCAGAAGGACAAACCUUCUUAUGGGCGCCGGAUUUCAUCUGCAUGGCCUUUGCAGGAGUCACAUAAAACAGAUGGAUUGCCUGUUAUUAGUUCGAGCCAUUCUGAGAGCUAUUCUGCCACUAUUGGUGGGUUGCCUACUGGUGCAAGUUCUUCCCUGGCCAGGAUGGGAAUGCGAUCACAAAUGGGUUCAUCCCAUUUAGGAACCUCAGGCUUUGGGAUUUUGAAAAAUGUGGCAUCAGGAUCCAUGAGUACUUUAGGACAGCAGCGAAUUCAGUCCCUGGAAACUGCACCAGCACCUGAACAGUCUCCUAUGCGCCUGCAUUCAUCUUCAACUUCAUUUCCUGCACACCAUCCCCAUCAACAGUUACAGAAAUUGGUUGAACAAGACUAUCCACAAGCUCAUUCCCCUCCUCGGACUGAUCCAAAACCAUCCCAGUUUUCAGGAAAGUUGAAUGUUGGGUUUCAUAAACACUCUCCUAAGGCUUCAUCUGCUUUGAUUUCUUCUUUUCAAUCUAGCCGUCGGCAUUCCCUUUCACAACCACCACAACCAGACUCCAUGUUGGCUGAACCUUCUGGUCAGACUCAGAAGCCACUUCCGUCCCAGAUCUCCAAAGUAGGAGCAGCCUCAACACCAGGAAAUGCUGCAGAGCAUACCAAUCCGCUUGCUAUUGAAACUUCAGAACCUUCAAGUACAAGUAGUCUAUUGGCCGCUGUAAUGAAGAGUGGAAUCCUCUCCAACAAUUCCUUUACUGGCAGCCUUCCAAAUAAGAUUUCUAAAGAUUUGGGGCAAAUGCCAUCACAGCCUUCUCUUCCAAACGAGCCUCCACCUGCUGUUUUUACAACCUCAGGCAUGAGGGUUGAUACUGCAACUUCAUCAGGUUCAGCAUCCCACGAUGCAAUAGCAGCUACUACAAAUAGUUAUCGGGGAAAGGUAGAACAGCUACCACUGCCUCCUGUGCUACCAUCUUCGACUCUUGUAAGUAAUGCCCUAUUGGAAGCUUCAGAUGCAGAAAGCAAGGCUUCAAUUCCAAUAUCCAACCUUUUGAGCUCAUUAGUUGCAAAAGGUUUAAUAUCUGCAUCAAAGAAGGAUGCUCUAUCUCUCCCAUCUCUUCUGAUUCCUACUCAAAUGCAGACGAAUAGCCCAGGAAUGGAGAAGCCAACUGAAUCACUGAACAAGAGCUUGGACAUUUCUACCAGUAGUCCUUUGCCAGCUUCUUCCAUUCCUAGUUCAUCUGAUGCUCCUCGUUCCUCCACCAUGGAUGAGGUUUCAUUUUCCAAACCUGCUACAGAAAGUUCAGUUGCCUCACAUCAGUCUGGCCCAAUGGAAGUAGAAAACCUCAUAGGAUUAGAGUUCAGGCCAGAUGUAAUCAGAGAAUUUCAUUCAUCUGUGAUCAGUGGAUUGUUGGAUGACCUUCCACAUUGUUGCAGCUUAUGUGGUCUUCGACUUAAGCUUCAGGAACGGCUUGAUAGACACUUAGAGUGGCAUGCCAUGAAAAAGACUGAAGCAGAAGGUUCUGAUAGGGCAUUGAGGGGAUGGUAUGCAAGGUCAGAUGACUGGAUUGCUGGAAAGCCAGGGCAAUUGGUAUUUGAAUCUAUUGGUUCUGUGAACCAGUUGGAAAAGACAACAGAAAAGACUGAGCUUAUGGUUCCUGCCGAUGAAAAUCAAUAUGCAUGCAUGUUAUGUGGUGAGCUAUUUGAAGAUUAUUUUAGCCAGGACAGGGGCGAAUGGAUGUUUAAGGGAGCAGUGUGCUUGACUAUACCACCAAAGGAUGGUGAGGUAGAAAAUACAGACAAGAGUGAAGCCACCGGUCCCAUUGUGCAUGCAAAUUGUAUGUCAGAAGGUUCAGUUCAUGACUUGGGACUGGCUGGUGGUAUUAAAAUGGAAAAGGAAGAAUAAUGCUUUAAGGUGAAAAAUUGAGCCAUCACUUGCUGUGCCAUUAGUUGAUCCUGAUGAAAGAAUCCAGGUUUACCUUUUCUAUAGCUUAAUGUCUAAAGGCCCUUGUAUGCUAAUUUUGUUGGCCCUUGGAAAGGUGCUGAGAGUGUCUACUAGUUGUCUUCCUGCUCUCAUUUUUCCCUUUUGUUUUUUUUUUCUUCUUUUCAAAGGUCAUGGCCUGAUAGAAGUUCAUAUAAAUACCAGAUAGUUUUUGCCUUACUUUUCUUCACUAAUGCCUUUAAUAUGCUGCGUUAUAUUCUGUUUUUUGACUUUGCUGGAGCUGAUUUGAAAUAUUGGUAAAGGAUAAGGCAGAGAAGGCCAUGUCUAUUCAGCUUCAAAAUUGGCAAUUGGAGAGAGCCUGUUUAUCAUUGAAUGUAAUGAAGUCUUAAAAAGAAAAAUGCAAGAAGAAGAAGAAGGAACAGAUUUUUUUUCUUGUUUAUUAUUCUUCCAUCUUCUCCUCUGGUCUUUUCUUGCCUCCCUUUUUGGAGAGAUGUGGUUUUUGACUUUGUUAGUUGUUCUCUAGUUGCAGUACUAUAGAGAACAUGGUUUUCUGUUCAGCGGACAAAAUUUAGGAAUCUGGUGGCUGCUUCUUAUUAGGCUCCCCAUCAUCUUUCUUUUUUCUUUUUGUUUUUGCAAGCUUCCGCCUAUGUAUCCUGCUACUAAAAACACUUCAACUUUACAGUUUUCUUUGUUUAUUAUUGAUGAUUAUAUCCACCAUGAUUACAUUUCGGUAUGACUUUGCUUGCUGGUUACUUGGUGUAAUAAUAGAAGACCAGGAUAUUAGACUGUAUUGUUGUUAGAGAAGCUCUUCAAGAAAACAAGAGCUUCACUAGUUAGGAUUUUUGUUUUGUUUUUUUUUUUGGUGUUAUCGUCAUCAAAACAAAAGCAUUGUCGACUAUAUUGCUAAAUUUUGACAGACGUUCUUCCCAUCACUCAACUGAUGAGGUCAUGAACCGCAACAUCUCAAUUAUUAUUGCAAUUCGUUGAUAUGCAUUUUGUGUUUGAGGAUCACCAUUAUCAUCUUCCUUGCUUUUACACCGUCAACUAAUAUCAAAUUCCGUCACAUAAUAAAAUUCUGUUGGCUUCGGUUAAUAAUCUAGGAAACUAAUAUCUGAUUAUACUUGCACGCUUGAAAGUUGAAAGUACAACAAAGAAUCUGCCAGCCUUUCCUCCAACUUCCAACUAGGAUCUGUUUUCAACGAA